ACCGUAGCUUCUCUAUACGGGCGUACCGUAUAUUCCGACUUGACAAUUCAAAUGAGCACAAAAGUUAUGCCGGCCCAUAAAUUCGUUUUUCACGCAAGGUCCGAAGAAUGGCGGGAAGAUGUCCUAUCUGAUGUAGAGCAAUUAGAUUGGAGUGAUAUGGACGAGGACAUAGCUAUGGCACUAUUGCGAUGGAUUUAUACAGAUGUUAUUGACCUACAACAUGACCGUUUAUCGUUAGGUCUGUUAAAAGCAUCUCAUCGCUUUCGUCUUCCAGGUUUAUUGGGAUUGUGUGAAAGGGCCUUAGUGGCUUCAGUAGGAGUUCGUUCCUGUGUACGAUUUUAUUGCGUUGCAGAAGAAGUUGGUGCCGCCAGUCUUCUUGACUACUGUUCCGGGCUUAUAUCAACACAUUGGGAGGAUCUUACUCCCCAAGAUUUUGAACACAUGUCAGGACCUUUGUUGUUUAAAAUGCUAAAAAGUAAGACCAAAUACCCCCUUCAUGCUGCUAUACGUCUAUUGAGAGAAGAUGUUGUGUUUCUCUGCCUCGUAGAAAAUGACGGCAACUUAACAGAACUAGUCAAUAGUUUGGGAGAACAAGGUUAUUUGCCAUUGCAAAUGGCUCUAAUGCGAAAGAGUUUGCCGAUAGCCCAGACCCUCGUGAAAAAUGGAGCAGCGAAUAUAAACGCGUACGACGCUGAGGGUUCAACAAUACUUAUUGAUGCGGUUAAAAGAGGCGAUAUAUUCUCAGCUGAGUUCCUGUUGGAACGAAACUGUGAUUUAAACCUAACUUCCAGAUCGAAUGCUGAUACAGCUUUACAUAUUGUUUGUGCUUACAAUCCGAAUAACACAGAUUCAGAGGUAUAUUCCAACAUGGUUAGAGUGGGGGAAAAAAUUCUUAGUUUGAAACCAGACGUAAAUAUACAGAAUCGUAUUGGGCAGACUCCAUUGCAUUUAGCUAUAGAAUCAGGAAAUGUCGAAAUGCAAAAUCUGCUCCUGGGUGUGAAUAAUAUUGACAUUAAUUUGCGUACUUUAGAGGAAAAAUGUUGUUUGGAAUUAAGUCUACUGAAUGGAACUGAAAGGAGCUUAGAGCUAGCAAGAAAACUAAUUGAUCUUGGUGCUCGGGCAAAUCCUUUGAAAUCGGAAAGUCAUGACAGUUUACUGCAAGUUUUAGCCAGUAAAGGCUUAGAAGAUUCGGCAGUUUUCCUUGUAGACCAUGCUAAUCUAAACCACAUCAAUCGUCUGGGCUUAACUACUUUGCAUAUAGCAGCCGAAAGAAACUUAAGAAAAUUAACUGAGAAAUUACUUGAUGCUGGGGCAUCACCAAAUAUUCAAUCAAGCGUGCCUGACCUGAAAUCUCCAUUACAUGUUGCGGUCGAACAUAGUUCUACUGACGUUAUAGAAGCUUUCGUUGACUUUUCAUUGAAAUGUAGGGAAAGUGGAGAUAAUAAAGCAUGUGAAAUUCCUAAUUUUAAUAUAAAAAAUGCAAACGGAGAUUCUCCACUAAGUUUGAGCCUACUCUUAAACCGCACCGAAUUGGUACCAAUUUUGAUUAAAGGUGGUGCGGAUGUAAAUGCCCGCAAUGGCCAAGAUAUGACGUUACUGCAUCAGGCUAUUCUCAAUCAUGACUCGGAUAUUGCAGUGUUUCUAUUACAGCAAGGGGCGGAUAUGAACGCGUUGACCGGUGAGCAAGAAUCUCCACUACAAUUGGCCAUACACUGUCAUAUGCCUCAGGUUGUCGAUGCAUUGUGUACGCGAGGCGUUGCUCUUAGCGCUCCAAACAAUAAAGGGGAUCCGCCAUUGUGGACGGCUCUAGAACUGGAAUACGAUGACGUCGCUCAAGUGUUGGUACGACAUGGAGUCGAUACUGAUUGUUGGGGUCCUGGUCCAGAUGGAUGUCAGCAAACUUUGUUACAUCGAGCCAUCGAUGAAAAUAAAGAGUCGGUUGCAAUAUUUCUCAUACGUAGUCAAUGCGAUCUUGACUCGCCUAGACAACCGGGUCCAAAAGGUGAAGGUGGAGAGGAAGCGACGGACAAAGCAUCACCUUUACAUUUAUGUGCGCAAUGGGGUCUUGUUAAGGUUCUUCAAAACCUAAUCGACCACGGUGCAAAUGUGAAUGCCUUGGACGCAGAAAAUAAAACACCACUACACGUUGCCAUUGAAAACCAGCACGAAGAAAUAAUAUCAAUUCUACUUUGUCAUCCGGGAAUCGAUUUGAAAAUCCGUGACAAACAUGGCAACACUCCGUUUGCAACGGCUUUAACAAAACGAAACCACCGAGCAGCACAACGAAUUUUAGAUCGUUUGCCAAACGCUGCCGAACAAAUGGAUUCAAGGGGACGAAACUUUUUGCAUUUGGCUAUUAUGAAGGAUGACCUUGAAAGUGUUCUGUUUUUGCUUGCCAUACAGGUGGACGUUAACUCCAGAGUUCAUGAUGCGAAUCAGUCUACACCUUUGCAUUUAGCUGCGGCAUCUCGCAAUGAAAUGAUAACCAGAAAUUUGAUUCUGGCAGAAGCACGUAUAAAUGAAAGAGAUGCUAUGCAGAAGACACCAUUGCAUAUUGCGGCCGAACGUUGCAAUCUCGCGGCUGUUUCUGCACUUAUACAAAAUGGGGCAGAUUACGACGCAGUCGAUGGAGAGGGCAACAACGCCUUGCACAUAGCAGUUCGUUGUGGUCACUUGAAUAUUGUUCGAGAGCUCUUAACGGAAUCCAGCAUUAAUGCUGAAGCUAUAAACAAUAAGGGUCGCAAUCCCCUUCACGAACUUUGCCGAACCGGAGAAGAUAAUAAUGCUGCAGCUAUCUGUGACCUUUUCAUAGAAUGUAUGCCGAAAUAUCCCAUUAAUGCACCGGACAUGGAUGGUAAUACACCAUUACUGCUGGCAUUUAUGCGUGGUCAAGCACCUCUUUGUAAAGUACUUGUUAAAAAUGGAGCUUGUCUUGGAACUGAGAAUCGUGAUGGUAUCAGCAUAUUCAACUUUAAACUGGCAACAGACCAACUAUUACACAGACUUCUAGAUCAAUUACCACAGGAAUCGCCUUGGUCCGAAUCCGAUUUAUGCCAAGAAUGCAAUUCUAAAUUUUCACUCACAAUGCGAAAACACCAUUGUCGACACUGUGGACGAGUUGUGUGCUCAAAAUGUUCGAAUAAUGAUGUCCCCAUUUUAAAGUUUGGCGUAAAUAAACCAGUGAGAGUUUGCGGAAUAUGUUUCGAUGUGUUGCAAGGUGUAAAUGGGAAUUUGCAAUAA